AUGCAGCUGCGGGUGGCGCCCGGCAGCCCGGCGGCGCUGAAGGUGGUGGCGGCCGCUCGAUGCGCCGCCGCUCCGGUAGAGCUCUGCUGGGCCGAGCCCGGAGAGCCGCCGCCGUCCCCGCUGUGCCCUCCGUGGGCCCCCGCCUUGCGGCUGGAGAGCGGCGCGGUGCUCUUCUCCCCCAACGCCAUCUGUCAGUAUUUCUUCCUGCGGCGCGGCGAGCAGCCCACCGACCUGACCGCGCAAUGGCUGGAGUGGGAGGCCACCGAGCUGCAGCCCGCCGCUCUGGCGGCCCUGUAUGCCCGCCUGGUGCACGGCAGGACGGGCGCGGAGGCGGCGGCGGCGCUGGGAGGAGCGCUGGGCCACAUCGAGAGGAGCUUGGCCGGGAGAGGCACGGCGUACCUGGCCGGGGACGCCGAGUCGGUGGCGGACGUGGUGGUGUGGGGCACGCUGUUCCCUGUGCUCCGAGAUGAAGCCGUGCCCGUGGCUGAGCCGCUGCAGAGCUGGUUCCGGAGCAUGACGCUCUCGGAGGCGUGCAGGAGCGCUGCUGACACCGUGCUGCUGCCGCAGCGCCUGCAGCAAUUUGCGGCCUGCCUGCAGAAGCUGCCCCCGCUGCACCCACCGCCGGACACGGCCGCAGGCUGCGAGGACGACGCGUCGGAGCAGGCGCUGACGGAGGAGGACGUGGCAGCGGCUGUGGAUGCCUGGAAUCGCGGUGCUGCUGCGCUGCCCAAACCCUGGAGGCCUCCAAAGCCCGUGUUGCCGGUGGAGGGCAUGAGGAACGUGCUGAUCACCAGCGCCCUGCCCUACGUCAACAACGUGCCCCACCUGGGCAACAUCAUCGGCUGCGUCCUCAGCGCCGACGCCUUCGCCAGGUUCUGCCGCCUGCGCAACUGGAACACGCUGUACGUGUGCGGCACGGACGAGUACGGCACGGCCACCGAGACCAAGGCGCUGGAGGAGGGGCUGACGCCGCGGCAGAUCUGCGACAAAUACCACGCCGUGCACGCCGACAUCUACCGCUGGUUCGGCAUCUCCUUCGACUGCUUCGGCCGCACCACCACGCCGCAGCAGACCGCCAUUUCACAGGACAUCUUCCAGCGCCUGCAGGCCCGGGGCUUCGUGCUGCAGGACACGGUGCAGCAGCUGCACUGCGCCGGCUGCCAGCGCUUCCUGGCCGACCGCUUUGUGGAGGGCGUCUGUCCCUUCUGCGCCUACCAGGAGGCGCGCGGCGAUCAGUGCGACAAAUGCGGCAAGCUCAUCAACGCCGUGGAGCUGAAGGCCCCUCGCUGCAAGCUGUGCGGUGGCAGCCCUGUGGUGCGGCCCACCCAGCAUCUCUUCCUUGACCUGCCCAAGCUGGAGGAGCGGCUGCAGCCGUGGCUGGAGAAGUGCUGGGCUGCGGGGAACUGGACGGCCAACGCGCGCUACAUCACGCGCUCCUGGAUCCGCGAUGGGCUGCGGCCGCGCUGCAUCACGCGGGACCUGCAGUGGGGGACGCCUGUGCCUCUGGACGGCUUCAGGGACAAGGUGUUCUACGUGUGGUUCGACGCCCCCAUCGGCUACCUGUCCAUCACUGCCAACUACACGGAGCACUGGGAGCGCUGGUGGAAGAACCCGCAGCAGGUGGAGCUGUACAACUUCAUGGCCAAGGACAACGUGCCUUUCCACAGCGUUGUGUUCCCCUGCUCGCUGCUGGGCGCCGAUGACAAUUACACGCUGGUGAACCACCUCAUUGCCACAGAGUACCUGAACUACGAGGACGGGAAGUUCUCCAAGAGCCGCGGCGUGGGGGUGUUUGGGGACAUGGCCAAGGACACGGGCAUCGCCGCCGACGUCUGGCGCUUCUACCUGCUGUACGUGCGGCCCGAGAGCCAGGACAGCGCCUUCUCCUGGAGCGACCUCAUGCUGAAGAACAACUCGGAGCUGCUGAACAACCUGGGCAACUUCAUCAACAGAGCCGGGAUGUUUGUCUGCAAGUUCUUCGGCGGCGCGGUGCCCCCCAUGGCGCUGACGCCGGAUGACCACCGGCUCCUGGCUCGCGUCACCGCGGAGCUGCGGCAGUACCACCGGCUGCUGGAGACGGUCCGCAUCCGCGACGCCCUGCGCUGCGUCCUCAACAUCUCCCGCCACGGCAACCAAUACAUCCAGGUGAACGAGCCCUGGAAGCGCAUCAAGGGCGGCGAGGAGGACAGGCAGCGUGCCGGCACCGUGACCGGCGUGGCGGUGAACGUGGCGGCGCUGCUGGCCGUCCUGGUGCAGCCCUACAUGCCGGCCGUCGGCGCGGCCAUCGAGGCUCAGCUCUGCCUGCCCCCGGAGCGCUCGGUGCUCAGCCACGUCUUCACCUGCACGCUGCCCCCCGGCCACCGCGUGGGCACGGUGAGUCCGCUCUUCCAGAAGCUGGAGAGUGAGCGCAUCGACGCCCUCCGCAAGCGCUUCGGGGGGGGGCAGGCAAAACCCCCCCAGCAGUCAGACCCCCCCUCAGCGCCAGGCGCGGCUCCCACCGACCCCAGCCGCAUCCAGGAGCUGACGGAGCAGGUGGCCCAGCAGGGCGACUGCGUGCGGCAGCUGAAGGCGAGCGGGGCGGACAGAGCGCGCAUCGACGGCGAGGUGGGCAAACUGCUGGCACUGAAACGGGAGCUGGCGCUGGCUCAGAACGCGGGGAAGAAAUAACAGAGCGGGACGGCGCCGUGCCACGCGUGUAAUAAAACACAGAUGCCGUACA